UAUUUGACUAAAGUGCGAGUGAUAGAUUUCAUUAAAACUGGGUCCCAUUCAUUCCUUCGUCCAAUCCAACAAUCUUGCUGAUCAUUUCUUCUUUUUCUUUUUUUCCUUUUCCCUUAAAAUAAUGAAUUAACUAUGAUUUUAUUGUUAUUUUAAUCACUUCCCAAAUCUUCACUCUGUUCACACCCAUCCCGUUUACAGAAACAGAAAGAAUAUAUCAGUGUGUAUAUAUUUUCUUUAAUCGAAUUUAGUAUUUUAAUACCCUUGUACUGUUUGAAACUUCAACAACUACAGCAGAGCUAAUAAUAAGCUAACCGAAGAUUUAUUAAAGAGAAAAAGAAAAGUCUAUAGAAAGAGAAGGGUGAGAAUUAGCAAAAAAGAGUGAACGGAAAAGAUACUAUUUUUUUUGGAGCUUUGGAUUCUUAAGUUGAAUUUGUGGAGAUGCACUGUGGUGGUUUUGAUGUGUUGUGGGCUCAGUCAAUGCUUUUUUGCUAUGAAAGAAGAAUAUCAAGCGUCUUAAAACAUCAUGAGACUUAAAAAUUGGACGAAAUCUUGGGGACUUGACAUUAGAGGGAAAGUGUGGAAGAUGAUGAAGUGUAUUCGUUCCGGGGAGCAGUUAAGAGUAGAUGAGAUGGUUGCUUCAUCUGAGUCCUUGGCGACUAGGGACUACUCAGCGAGUGGCUAUUCUUCUCGAGCUGGUGAGGUAGAUACAAAGAUUGACAAUAGUAACAUUGAGGAAGCAGAGUCAUCUCUUCGUGAGAGUGGUUAUCUCAACUAUGAGGAAGCAAGGGCAUUAUUGGGAAGGCUUGAGUUUCAGAAGGGUAAUAUAGAAGCAGCACUGCAUGUGUUUGAAGGAAUUGAUAUUGCUGCUGUGACUUCCAAGAUGAAAGUCUCCCUUUCUAGAAGAUGUGAACAAAACCGACGUCGUUCUCAAAGUGAUGCUGUCCAACCUAUGUCUAUGCAUGCUAUUAGUCUACUCCUUGAAGCUAUUUUUCUUAAAGUAAAAUCACUACAGGGUCUUGGAAGGUUUGGAGACGCUGCUCAAUCAUGCAAAAUCAUUUUGGAUACUGUUGAGUCUGCAUUGCCAGAUGGCCUACCUGAAAGUGUUUCUGCAGAUUGUAAACUACAAGAAAUUCUAAGUAGAGCUGUUGAAUUGCUUCCAGAGCUCUGGAAACUUGCUAGGGCUCCCCAGGAAGCUAUCUUAUCAUACCGACAGGCGCUUCUCUAUAAUUGGAAUCUGGAAGCAGAGAUCAAAGCCAAGAUAGAAAAAGAAUUUGCUGUUUUCCUUUUGUAUAGUGGUACUGAUGCGAACCCUCCAAAUCUUCGGUCACAGAUGGAUGGCUCAUUUGUGCCAAGAAACAACGUAGAAGAGGCUGUUCUUCUACUAUUGAUUCUAUUAAGAAAAUUUGCUUACAGAAGGAUUGGAUGGGACCCAACAAUCAUCGAUCAUCUUUCUUUUGCCUUGUCUGUUUCCGGAGAACUAAGAGCGCUAGCUCAUCAGAUAGAAGAGUUACUUCCAGGAAUCCUAGAGAGAAGAGAACGAUAUUGCACUCUAGCUCUCUGCUACCAUGGGGAGGGUGAGGAUGUGGUGGCUUUGAAUCUUUUGAGGAACUUAUUAAAUAACAGAGAGAAUCCAGAUUGCAUAAUGGAAUUAUUACUGGCUUCAAGGAUUUGUGCAGAGAAAAUGAUUUCUGUUGAGGAAGGGAUGACUUACACUUCCAAAGCUCUUUCUGAAUUGCAUGGAAGAUGUGACCAGAUGGUAAGUGUUGCAAACUGCUUACAGGGUCUUUUACUGUCAGCUCAGUCCAGAUCAGUUGCUUCUGACUCUGAGAGGACUUGUAAGCAGUCUGAAGCACUUGAGGCACUUGAAACUGCUCACAAAGUAAUGAGAGAAAGAGAUCCACAAAUCAUAUACCAUCUUAGCUUAGAAAAUGCUGAGCAGAGGAAGUUGGAUAUUGCACUUUCUUUUGCUAAGCGUCUUUUGAAACUGGAGGCAGGAUCUAGUGUUAGAACAUACAUCCUGUUGGCCCGAAUAUUGUCAGCUCAAAAACGGUUUGUUGAUGCGGAGACGGUAGUCAAUGCUGCUCUAGAUCAGACUGGGAAGUGGGACCAAGGAGAAUUGUUGCGAACCAAAGCUAAACUCCAGAUUGCACAAGGCCAGUUGAAGAAUGCCAUACAGACCUAUACUCAUCUUCUUGCUGUUGUCCAAGUUCGAACUAAAACCUUUGCUGGUGGGAAGAGGCUGUUAAAGAGUAGGGGAAAUCAUGAUAGAAGGUUGGAAAUGGAAACAUGGCAUGACUUAGCCAACGUGUACACAAGUUUGUCUCAGUGGCGGGAUGCUGAGGUCUGCCUUUCGAAAUCCAAGGCUAUCAGUCCUUAUUCUGCUUCAAGAUGGCAUGCUGCAGGUUUACUCUAUGAAGCAAAGGGCUCACACCAAGAAGCUUUGAGAGCAUUCAGAGCAGCAUUAGAUGUCGAUCCUACUCAUGUUCCAAGCUUGAUAUCUACUGCCAGUGUCCUUAGACAAUUUGGUAGCCAGUCCAUACCAAUUAUCAGAAGCUUUCUUACCGACGCUCUAAGACUGGACAAAAUGAACCAUUCAGCAUGGUAUAAUCUUGGGCUGCUCUACAAGGCUGAUGCCAGUGCAUCAGCACUCGAGGCAGCCGAAUGCUUCGAGGCUGCAGCAAUUCUGGAAGAAUCUGCACCUGUUGAACCCUUCAGAUGACUCCAAAUGUAAAUCUUGUCUCUAUAAGCCCACAUCUAGAUGUAAAUUGUUACUCCAAGAAAAUUUGUUCCUCGCAACUUAGGCAUCUUGUGGUUGAAAUAUGUUGUAUAAUAGUGCAAAAAUGUGAAAAAAGAAUAGGGAAACAAAAGAAAAACAGAAGAUAGAGGUGUCAUAUUGUGGCUUGGUUCACUCGAAAGUUAGAUUUUAUUUGUUGUCAUCUCUUGAGUAAAGAAAGGAUAUAAUUAUAUUGUUCCUUUUGGAGCUUAUAUUACUUGGACUUGUGAAUUUUAAGGGUAA